UCUCUUUUUCUCUCUGUUUCUCUGUUUAUAACUCACUCUAACAGAAAUAGAGAGAAACAGGAGCCGAAACGGGAGCUUUUAGCUCAAAGAGAGGAGAGGAGUUCAGAGGGCUGAUAGACAGCAGUCACUCCAGAUUCUUUCUAGAUUUAAUUCUGUUUACUGGUUAUCCUGCUAGACUGGUGGCUACACACAGACUGUCCCUGGAUCAGAGAGAGAGAGACUGAGACUGAGACUGGCAGGAAGAAUGAUCUCCAUAUCCAAGUGAUCAAGUUCUUUCCUGCAAAUUUCAAAUCAACAUCCACAUCAAGAAACGGCUAAAAGACUGAAUGUGAAAAUAUGGUGUCCAGAAGCUCCAGUACUCAGAAACCAUCCUCUGCUGCUGCUCUUCACAUGAAGACGCCUUGCGUACGAACACAAAAGAUUACAGCCAAAAAAAGGACUCACCACUGCUCAGAGUGUGGAAAGAGUUUUACUGUACAAAGUAAUCUCAAAACACACCAACGCAUUCACACAGGAGAGAAUCUAUAUCACUGCUCAGAGUGUGGACAAAGUUUUACUAGACAGAAUCAUUUCCAAACACACCAGCGCACUCACACAGGAGAAAAACCGUAUCACUGCUCAGAGUGUGGAAAGAGUUUUACUACAAAGAGUCAUCUCCGAACACAUCAGCGCAUUCACACAGGAGAGAAACCAUAUCACUGCUCAGAGUGUGGAAAGAGUUUUAGUCAACUGAUUAGUCUCCAGCUGCACCAGCGCUUUCACACAGGAGACAAACCGUAUCACUGCUCACAGUGUGGAAAGAGUUUUACUGCACAAAGUAAUUUCCAACGACAUCAGCUUAUUCACACAGGCGUGAAACCAUAUCACUGCCCAGAGUGUGGAAAGAGAUUUAGUCAACAGAGCCAUCUCCAAACACACCAGCGCAUUCACACAGGAGAGAAACCGUAUCACUGCUCAGUUUGUGGACAGAGUUUUACUAGACUGAGUUAUUUCGAAACACACCAGCGCAUUCACACAGGAGAGAAACCGUAUCACUGCUCACAGUGUGGAAAGACUUUCAGUAGACAGAGUAGUCUUCAAACACACCAGCGUAUUCAUACAGGAGAGAAACCGUAUCACUGCUCAGAGUGUGGAAAGAGUUUUAGUCAACUGAUUAGUCUCCAAAGACACCAGCGCAUUCACACAGGAGAGAAACCGUAUCAGUGUUCAGACUGUGGAAAGACUUUUAGUAGACAGAGUAAUCUUCAAACACACCAGCUCAUUCACACAGGAGAGAAACCGUAUCACUGCUCAGAGUGUGGACAGAGUUUUACUACACAGAGUCAUCUACAAGAACAUCGGCACAUUCACACCCAAGAGUAACCGUUUCACUGCUCAAAUUGUGAGAAGAGCUUUAGUUAUUCAACUUUUAAGACCCACACAUGUAUAAUGGGUUAAAACGUGAUUUGAUGUGAUUCAAAUAAAAAUUAGGCCUGCUGAGUUCAGCCAGGAAUUAUGCAUA